AUGUCCUAUAACACCUUUGUUUUUUCCAAGAUCAUGCUUGCUCAGAACGGUGCUGAUGAGACUGAGGCCGUAAACCAUUACCCUCUGAGCGGAGUAGAUGGUACUACAGCAGAUAUCCGACAACCAUUAAUCCCCGAUAUGUUUGAAUAUUGGGGGAUUACUCCAAGAAAUAACAUUUCAAACGUUGUAGAUAAACGUUUGCAGGACGGGAACGCAGUGUCCCCAACACUGGAGGUUACACAUGGUCCAUUCCACCAGGAAUCAGCGGCACAAGAGACUGGAUUUUCCGUCUCUGACCUAUCAUUGGAUUGGACAAAGCUUGGGGAGAUCGAUCUUUUGUUGAUGUAUGAGUAUUUGAACAACCCCGCAGCGAUGACAUGGGAUAUCCCUCCUUAUGACCUGCCGACUUCCAUGCAGAUGGGCAACAUUCAGGUUGAGCUCGCUGAAACGUUUGCGAGCUCCUCUGUAGCCUGUCAGGAGUCUUCUAACGACUCCAACAUCGGGCGCACGAUGAGUCAAGCCCCGAUCAAUUAUUUGGAAAGGGUAUACGGGGCCGAAAUGGGUGCAAUGUCUGCGCCAAUAUUCCCCUCCCAGCAGCACAUAUCUGUUGGCCCCUCAACGCGGCAAUCCAAUCUGCCUCAUCAGAGGGGCACCCCAUACAGGGCCAUCCGGAGCCUACCUAACCCGGUACCAUACCAUAGGCCAGAUGAUGGUCUGGGGUACUUGGGAGGCGCACACAAUAUUCAAGACACCUCAACCUUGCCGAGUCCACCUUUUGGAGAGACAAGACAUCAAAAUAAUACGUUGGAGCACAAAGAGCACAACGGGCCACAUGGCUCCGGGUUCGCGCCCGUCGAGCCAACAUUCACCAGGAAUACUGGAUCAUCAGGCAAUGCUCGAAGAUCCGAGCCCCAAACGGAGCAAGGAAGUAGAAGCUUAAUAAAGAAAAGAGGGCCCCGCUCGUACAACAGGGGCGCUAAGAGAGGAGGGAAACGGGCGGAACGCAUAGUGCGUAUAGACAAGCAUGGAAAUGUGGUGUAUAGAGGAAUGAGGCCUGAUCUGUGGACGGAAAACUUAUCAGCACGCAGCAUCUGUAAUUUGUCGGGAAUGGUGAAAAGCGGUUGGGAAGCGGGGGACUACUGUUGGAAGGAAUCGUCAGAUAUCUUGUAUCUGUUUGGUCACGGCAUGAUCGGCAAGCUUCACGGCCUCUAUUACUCCGAAGCACUGCUUGAAAACAGCUACCUUGAAUAA